AUUAUAGCCGCGUGAUCUAAAGUUCAUCUUGUGGUAAAUCAGCUGUCCAAAUACAUCAGUAAACCGAUUUAUUUUCUACCUAUCUUUAUUUGGAACUCAGGCAACAAUUUAAGUCUCCUCUUUCUUAUGCUUACAUGGGGUGCAAACAGCCAUGGCCAGCUAGGUACAGGAGAUGAUAAAGAUGCUUAUGAACCUAAAAUCAUUAACUUCACUGAUCCGGUCGCCCUGAUCUCCGGAGGUGGUGGUCACUCUCUGAUUUCUGACGAAAACAAUAUAUUCAGCUGUGGUUUGAAUUCUGUUGGUCAGCUGGGUCGUUCAAAUGACUGCAACCACUUUAAAAUUAUUCCUUACUGUUUUCCAUCAACUGUUAUUAAAGUAUCGUGUGGCUGGGAUUUUUCUGUUGCAGUACUAAGUGAUGGAUCUGUUUUCUCAUGGGGCUCAAAUGAAUAUGGACAGUUGGGUAGAGAAAGUAUUAAUUCAAGCAUAAUUCCUGCUCGUGUUGAUAUAGAGCCUGUUCGAUCUAUAUCUGCAGGUCUAAGGCAUGUCGUUUCUGUGACAAUCUCCGGAAAACUGUAUGGUUGGGGUUCUAAUCGCCGAAAACAAUUAUUGUUUGAUAAUGUGUUGAUUAAAGCUGAACAUUAUGACGAAUCGAAACAAAUAUGUUACCGUCCCACUCUAUUGAACUCUGUAUUUGGCGAUACAAAUGAAUGGGUCGAUUGUGCCGCUGGUGCGUAUCAUUCAAUUGCGAAAACAAGUAUGUCAUAAGCUCCUAAAUUUAUAAUUUCUUCAUCUUUAGGAACAAAUAAACUGGCUCUUUUUGGAGAUACUAGAUUUUUUAAACCCAAAUUAGAAGUUCACGGUCUUUCUUCGAAUAUCGAAAGUAGACUUUCAUCUCCUAUUUGGUAUGAUGCCGAAUUAUUUGAUAACAAUGAAAUAGAACAAGUGGUGUGUGGAUGGAGUCAUGUUCUCGUUAGAACUAGUGUUGGAGAAGUUUAUUCGUGGGGUCGAUCAGACUUUGGACAGCUUGGACGAACUGUUAACGUAUUAAGCAAGUUUAUAGGAAAAUCUAAUGAGAUUUUCCCGAACUUCGAUGUACACCCUGGAAAAGUACAUUUUCAUUUGAAUACUGGUCAUGAAGUGACUAUAAAAUCUGUUGCUUGUGGUUCAGAGCACUCAUUGGCUAUAGAUUCAAAUGAACAGUUAUGGGUUUGGGGGUGGAAUGAGCAUGGUAUGUGCGGUGUUAUAACGAAAAUUGAAAGUCAGAUAGAAAAACAUUGGACUCAAGAAGAAGUUAUUCCUUACAUCACACAACCAUAUCAAAUAAAUUUCCGGUGUUUUAAUCAAAAUCACAAAGUGAAACAUAUCGGUUGUGGAUACGGUCAUUCAAUGGCGUAUGUAGAAUUUGGUUCGUAAACGUUGUAGAAGUCAUAUUGGAUUUUUGUUUGUAAUAAAAUAUGAUGAGUUUCUUCUCGUUUUCA